AUGGCGACUCUCGCCGGCGCACCCGCGCGCGUCCUCGAGCCUGCCAUAGAGGGUGACGAGCUACCGUUCGGCGACUUUUGCUUCAGCUGUGGGAACGCGACGCAGGGCUCGCCGUACUGCUCUGCAGAGUGCCGCAAGGCCGACCACGAGCGGAGCGAAGUCUCGCCCGACGACUCGCCCUUCCUCUCUGCCGUGCCGCCACUCGUCUCGUCCGGCAAGUCGCAGUGCUCGACGCCCCCGAGCUCGGCCAACAACAGUCCCCUCGUCGUCAACACCGUCCUCGACGACCUCGCAGACCCGCCCUCGCUCGACCUCCCCCCGCCCAAGCACCGCUUCGAGUACGGCGCCGCCCAGUCGCUCCCCGCCGGCAUGCGCUACCCGGCCACCUGGACCAUCAACUACCAGGCUGACCCGCUCGUGUCGCCCAUGGUCGUCCCGACCGAGAUCGCGCCCAUCGCCAAGGACCUCAGCUACCGUCGCAAGCCGGGCAAGCCUCACUCGGCCGUCCCCUCGCCCUUGUACUUCCGCCAGAAGGCUGCGGCGGUUCACUCGUCGCCUGCGUUCGAUCCGACGUCGCCCAACUCGAACCGCCUGUACGGUUUCCCCUCGGCGACCGACUUUUCCGGCGCCCACGUCCACGAGGAUGACAUCGCGACUCUGGCCCUUCCCGAUCAGCACGACCCUUCGGCCGUCCCGCCAUUCCUCCCGACGCCCGCGCACUGCGGACGACCAGGCUGCGUUGGCGUACCGAAGCGGCCGCGGGUCGAGCACCAGCCCAAGUCGACGAGGAGGUUGUCCGGUCCCGCAUCGCCUGCGCUGAGAGGGCUCGCGCCGCUCGACACGUCCGACGACGUCCUCCUCUCGCCGCGCAUUCGUGCACUUCGGUCAGGCCACCACUCGCCGAUGGAGCAGAAAGAGUCGUCUCCUCUCGCGGCCGAGUCGACCUCGUUGGCGAGCGGCGAAACUCCCUCCUCGACCGGCGCAGACGACGAUCACUCGGCUUUCGCCUGCUACCUCUUCUCGCACCUUUCGUCUGCCGCACCGCCCGAGCGCGAGCGCGGCCGAUCAGGCUCGAUCGACCACCAGGUGUCGGACAUGCAGCGGAGUCUGUCGGUCGACGCAGUGCGUGCUGCACGGAACACGGUCGGCUCGUCUGCUUCCUCAGCUUCCCCUGCGCCGCCUGUUCGACCGAGGCGAGGCAUGCUCGGCGGACGAGGACCUGCGGCCGUCAACAUGCGUUCCGAGCCGGUCCUCCCUCAGCAGGCUCUCUCGGCGACCGCGACGCCCGAAGACGAGUCCCUCCCUUCGUCCGUCUCGGACCGCAUCGAGUUCGGCCACGACCGCGACGCGACUGUCCGACCCGACCACUCUCGCGCGCGCGACUCGGACCGCAUGAAACUCACCCCCGGCCACUUCAUCUCGGCCACGACCGAGACUCCCUCCGGCGUCUCUCCCUUCCCUUCUCCUCCCAAUUCUCCACCCACAGCAGGUCGAGGCCGCUCGCUCGCCCGUCGCGCAUCAGACGUCGCAGCUUCGUCGCCCGACCCGCGUGGGCGGUCGAAGCUCCGUGGAGUGGGCGCGUUGCACCGUUCCAAGUCGCCUUCGGCAAGGAAGGAGAGCAGGUCAAAGUCGAGGAUGACGGAGCGGUCGAGUUCGCGCGAACGAGGGAGGGUCGGAGGGAUCUUGCGCGAGUCGAGGGGGUCGAGGGGGACGAGCGACGCUUCUUCAACUCAGCGCGGGAGGGGGCGAGCGCGCGAGGAGGUGAGGGAGGUGGAUGAGGACGAGGAGGACGAGCGAGGAAGGGGACGGUCGCACGUCCGCGACAGUCGCAGUCGGAGCAGGAGCUUGCUUCGGAGCGGACGGGGGCGCGAGGUCGUCUACUCGAUGGCCGCAUACGGCCAUGUCAGCGACUCCGACUCGGAUCGAUAG